UAAGACACAAAACGUACGCAACAGGAGCGGCUGCGAGAAGCAGAACGAAGGACAACGAUCACUUCUCAACCCCGAACAUUGACAAGCUUCUGUGUUCUCCGCGCACGCACGUUCGUUUUGAACUCCAUUUCCCAGAAAUCUUCGCGCGCCUUGAAUUAGUUGCCUAGCAACAAGCAAACCAGCCAUGGAGCCGAAGAAGGAGAGCGAGUCUCCCGAUGCAAAAGACCGGAAUGGACAACCAGAAGAAGAAAAAGAGUCGGAGAAAGUAUCUGAAGAAAAGAGAUCAUCACAUAUGGGGGAGCAGGAAGGAGAAAAGCCAGCAGAAGAUGAUGAGGGUGAUGGUAGCCUUGGCAGUGAAGAAGAAGACGAGGAGGAAGAACUGUCACUAACAGAGCCUGAACAACCUCCAGAGCCAGUGAAAAAGAAAAAGGUUGUGAUAGAGAAGAAAAUAUCUGAAAGCUUUUUCUAUAACUACGAAGAGUUGUGUUCAUUCCCAUUUGUGACUCCAGAUUCCGGCAUACCACUCAACCUCCUUACUCUUAUGCACUCCUUUGGUUAUGACUGCACUAAACGUGCAAAUCUCCAGGUGAUGGAUAGUCAAACACUCAUGUACAUAGCUGGCAACCAGCUAGUAUUUCUGGACUUGAAAUCUAAAUAUCAGAAAUAUCUUCGAAGCACAAGCGGUGGAGGGAUUGGUGUUGUCACGGCACACCCUAAUAAAACACACUUUGCAGUGGGAGAAAAAGGAUGGAAGCCAAACAUGAUUAUCUAUGAAUAUCCUUCUUUGAGGCCCUACAGAAUACUCCGAGGUGGAACAGAGGAAGCAUAUGCAUUUGCUGAUUUUAAUCGUUCUGGCACCUUGAUAGCCACUGUUGGGAGCAGUCCUGAUUAUAUGUUGACAGUUUGGGAUUGGAAACAGGAAAAGAUUGUACUGAGAUCAAAAGCAUUUGCACAAGAUGUCUAUAAAGUCACCUUCUCCCCUGAAAAUGAAGAACAGCUUACCACAUCUGGUUCAGGACACAUAAAGUUUUGGAAGAUGGCCCUUACUUUCACUGGUCUGAAAUUACAAGGAGCUUUGGGUAGGUUUGGAAAAACAGCACUGACAGACAUUGAAGGAUAUGUAGAGCUGCCAGAUGGGAAGGUACUUUCAGGGUCAGAAUGGGGCAACUUGCUGCUCUGGGAAGGAGGCCUCAUAAAAGUGGAACUUUGUAGACCUGGCAAUAAAACUUGUCACAAUGGCCCGAUAAACCAGUUAGUUCUGGACGAGGGAGAGGUGGUCACUGUUGGAUCAGAUGGAUACAUCAGAGUAUGGGAUUUUGAAACGAUAGACACAGCUGAUGUUGUGGAUGACUCUGGAAUGAUAGCAAUGGAACACAUGAAUGAACUUCUGGUUGGCAAACAUGUCAAUCUGAACUCUAUGGUGAAAAUUCAUGAGCGUGGAGAACCUGUUUGGUAUGCUCAGGACUCUAACGGAGCCAUUUGGAAGCUUGAUUUGAGUUUUACAAAUGUUACCCAUGAUCCAGAAUGCCUCUUUACAUAUCAUUCUGGAAAAAUACAAGCCAUAAGUGUAUCUCCAGUGACAUAUAUCAUGGCCACUACUGCUCUGGACCGUUCAGUGCGUAUCUAUGAUUUCAUUGACAAAGUGCAGUUGACCGAGAUGAAGUUUAAGCAGGGAGGAACAGCACUAACCUGGACACCAACAGUGGUGAAUCCCAAAGGAGGUGUCCUUGCUGUAGGGUUUCAGGAUGGCGUUAUUCGGAUAAUUGAACUUUAUAAUCCGAAAGGGCUUCCUGUUGUCGCUGGCCGGAACAAUGUAGGGGAUGCAGCUAUGCGUCUGAAGCAGGCUUUCAAACCUCAUGUCAGUACAGUUACUGCAUUGGCCUAUGAACGGAAUGGAGAAUUGCUUGCCACAGGGAGUAAAGAUAAAACUGUUUUCUUCUUUUCUGUUGAAGACAAAUAUGAACCAAUUGGGUUCAUUACUGUUCCAGGCCCUGUGCAGUCAUUGCAGUGGUCUCCUCUUGGUCAUCCAGACAGCAAGCUGCUUAUUCUGUGUGAGAACGGCAUUGCUGUCCAGGUUCCUGCUCCAGACCCCCAGGAUUAUGAUGCGGCCUCAACCUACAAGAUCAAAGACUUGCCUACAGAGUAUUUUCGUUUCUGGAGCAUAAAAUCUCGGAUCCUGAGAGAAAAAGAAAUUAAACGCAGGGAGAAGGUAAAAGAAGAAAAGGAAAAGGAAAAGCAGAAGUGGAUAAAGGAGCAACAGGAGAUGGGGAAAACACUAGAAGAAAUUGAGUUACCAGAGGAAGCACCUGAAGAAGAGGAACCACUGCCAGAAAUCUUCGUUCCAGCGACUCCCAGCCCUAUCCUAUGUGGGUUUUACUCUGAGCCAGGGAAAUUUUGGCUGUCCUUGGGAGAAUAUGACACUGGAUUCCUGUUCCACUGUGCAUUUUCUCCAGUACAGCACGAAAAAGAACCUGGGGCUCAGCAAGAUGAGCCCUUUGAAUUUAUUCCUAUUGAAGAUGCGGAUGACAAUCCCAUUACACGGAUCUCUUUUAGCUCCACUGGUUUGUUUAUGUUGUGCGGGAUGGCGGAUGGAGCAGUUCGUAUCUAUGCUCUCCACAGCAAAGCCCUCUCAGAGGACAACAUAGCUGGAUAUUGGUCCUUCAGCAUGCAUGAUAAUAACUAUGGACACAUUCAAGGGAUCUGCCCAAGUUUUGACGAUCGGUUUUUAGUGACCUGUGGAGCAGAUGGCAAUAUCUUUACUUACAACAUCCUUUCUGCUGAGGAGAUUAAGAAAGUGCUGAAGACUAAGGUGCCCUCUCCAAGGAGAGGCCUUGAAAAAGAAAAGGCAGCAGAAGAUAUUGAGGAUCCUACGGCCUAUAGUAUUGAGAAUGCUAAACAAAAAAGGGAAUAUGAUCUGAUAAUGAAGGCAGCAGAAUAUAAAAAAUAUUUGAAGCGGCAAGAACUGAUCACUCUAAGGCAUGAAUUUCAAGAAUUGCUACAGAUGAACAAGGAUCUGCCAAAUCACAUGCAGCUUUACAGAGCAGAAUUUGAACUGGACCGCAGAAUUCGUGCACAAAUGGACAGAAAGACAGCAGAUAAGAUCCGACUUGUGAUGAAGGAAUUGUGUUGGGAACAAGAAAGACAUCGCAUUGGGUUGCAAAAAGUCCAGAUUCGGUUCCGAGGCAAUCUGGAAUAUGACACAAUUAUUGUUCAUGCCAUGGGAAGUAGCCAUCAAAUCUCCACAUACAGACUUUUGGCAAUCUCAGAAAAUUUGUACAAAAUCAGAAAAAAAAGUCAAGCAGGCAAAAGGAGAUCAAGCAAAUAUGAAUGGAAAGGAAAAGAUUUAGAUCAAAGACGAGAAAGCCAGAGAGAGCUCAGUAAAGGAUCAAUAUUUUCAUCCCAGACCAAUACUGCUAUUAGUGAGGAGGAAAUAGACACAGAAAAGCUGAAGAAGAAGUCCUACCCCCAAACAGUGGCAAGCCGUAUUGCUGAAAAUCGACUUGAAAAGCUUCGGAAAAUUAUUGAAAAAGCAGAAAGAGCUAAAGCAAAGAUCCAGCGAAGAAAGGAUGAGUGGGAUGAACUGCUCAAGAGCAAACCAAACGAUGACUACGAGGACCCCCAAGAUGUGGAAAAUAUCAAAGAAGCCAAAGAGAACAUGGGGGAUUUCAAAUUGAAGACUGCUACCAACUACAAAAUACCUGAACACAUGAGAAUUAAUGCUGACAAGAAAUCUUAUCAGCUUGCAUCUCUAGAAGUGGCUAUCCAUGAGAAAAAAUUAUCCAUGAACAAAUGGAUAGUCUCCCUCCGAGACCUCAAAGUGGCUAUUAUUGAAGAGAUCCAGUGUGUGGUACAAGAACUGAAAACUAUACAGUCAUCCUUGCAUCGUUCCAAACAUCUUCCUAUCCCCCCAGUUCCUGAACUACAUCCUGAUGAGAUUCCAGAAAAAAAAUUCCAGUAUGAUAGUGAAAUGCUUUUGAAGUUCAAACAAGAACUAGAAGAACGGGCUAAGGAAAAAGAAAUUGUGCCUGUGACUCCUUCGGUAGAGGGUGGGGGUAUAGGAGGAUUUGGAGGAGGGUUUCUUCAUGUCCCUUCGGCAAAGGAGCUUGAAAUCACUGCACGGGGUACUAGUUUAAAAACACUGAAAACAAUAUCUGGAACUGCUGGAGUGACACCCAAAACCUUUGAGUUUGAACAGGCAGAACCAACUGAGAUGGAACUGGAAAUUGCAAAGAGGGAGGAGAUUAGAAACAUUCAUCUGCAAGAGACUUUAAUCAAGAGGAUUCAUGAGCUCAUGAUCACUUUUGAUGCCGAGCUUCGCCUUCUGCGUCACCAAAAGCUGAAGCUGGACACAAUGAUGAAAACUGCCGACCUACGUCACACCACUUGGUUUGAAGAGUUGCUUCUGCUGAAGAAUUUUGAAAAACAUGAGAACAUUCUCCAGGAACGUGUCAACAGCCUCAUCAGUGAAGAGGAGGGAAUGCAACUCAAAUUAAAUAGCUAUCUUGCACAAAUAGAAGAAAAGAAAGCAGAGAUUGCAAGGCUCCAAGAUCGAGAGAAGGCCCUCUAUGCCACUUUCCAAGCAUCCUUGGGAGAAAACAACAAAUUUGCUGGAUUCCUCACUAAGGUCCUCAAGAAGAGGAUCAAGCGUGUUAAGAAAAAAGAAGUGGAAGCCGAAGAUGAUGAUGAAGAGAGUGAGGAAGAGAGUGAUGAGGAGUCUAGUUUGGAGAGUGAUGAAGAAGAGUCAGGCUCUGAGGAUGAAGUCUUCGAUGACAGUGUUUGUCCAAAAAAUUGUGAUGAGACACUCUUUGAAAACACACUGCAGCUCCGAGAAAAACGGCUGGACAUUGAGGAAGCCCUAGCUGAGGAGAAGAAAACCAUUGAAAAUGUGAAGAAAGAAUAUGAAACGUUGGCCAAGAAGGUAAAAGUAGUAGCAGCCAGCCUAGAUGCUGCAGACUGGGAACUGGAGGCCUAUCAACGGGAGAAGCAGCAGAGACUGAAUGAGCUGCAUGUAGUUGUCCCUCUGAAACUUCACCAGGUGGAAUACAUAUCGAAUGGAGAAAUACCUCCUGACCUCUCACAGGCAUUGGUGUUUACCAACCAGUCUUUGGUGCAAUUGCAGAACAGGAUUGUGAUCCUGCAGCAGGAAAAACUGGAACAGAGGCAACUCUAUAAGCAGGCCCGGGAACAGCAUAAGCAGCUCAUCCGAGACAGGAGGGAGAUGAUGAUCAAGAUUGAACGACUGGACGAGAAAUGCAACCAGCUGAUGAUGAUGAAAUUUGGCCGGAUUGUGAACUUGGAAGCCCUGCAGACUCUUUCUGUUAACACCAACCUGGAAGAACUCAGGAUGAAAAUGAUGGGAAAAGAACAAACUUGUGCUGUGGAACUCAAAAUGUGGGAGGAUAAAAUCUUUAAGAUGCGUCAACAGCUGAUGUUCAUCACAAAAGAAAAUACUAGUAGGCUGAAACAAAUGAAUUCAUUCUGUGCAGAGAAUAUGAGACUUGAAACUAAAUUGGAUGCGCUGCAAAGUAACCUGGGAGCAGAAUUCCAAGGGCCGCGCAAAGUAGACAUUGAGGAGAGGGAGAAGCUGAUUGCUUUGGUACAGCUACAGGCUCAAGAAGCUGAAGUCCUGAAAGAAGAAAUCACUCUCUUAAGCAGAAAGGAUGGCCGCAUUUUCCCACCAUCUCAAUCUAUAUUCCAAGCAGAUACGACGCUGGAUUAAACCCCUAUUGUGUAGUUCCCUUGUUCUAAUUGUAUAUGUCAGUCAAUCCCACUGGAGUUCUUGGGAUUUUUGCUUCUGUAUGCUUGCCCUGGACUUUGUUGCCCCCUUCUUUUUGUUCUUAGCAGCUCUGCACUUGUAAUACCUGCAAGUAACGUCUUUAACAGUGCAUGAAGAUGCACUAGGAAUGUGGUGACUUGUGAAACCUGCACCUGUUCAAUUUCUGACUUUUAUGCAGCUGUUGGAAGGCACAGAGCCACUAUGAGGAAAAUUUGGUGGCAAUCUCAUGUAUCUCAUAUUCACUUUCUCCAACUGGGUUUGGACAGUUGAUUAAGAGUCUCCAGAAAUGAUAUAGUCAUUAAGAGUGCUGAGUAUGCUGAAACAGGCACAAUGAUAAUGCAAUGUGGAUAGGCAGCCUGUUCUCCCAGAUUGGCUAUUUGUAUCUUAACACAGAUCCAAGUGUGUGCCCACAUUCGAGUACUACAAAGUAUUGGUGCAGUUUUCCCCCACGAGUAUCUUUAGAUUGGGCCAAGUAUUUAUAAAUUAAGUUGCCUUCUCCUUAGUAAUACCAAGGAACAUGCAAAUUCACGCAAGCCUUUCCAUUCUAUGUAAAGUACUGAACCUGGAAUUGUGUUGUAGAUAAAUGUUUAUAAGCAGA